AUGGAAAAGUACAGGGAAGGACAACAGGAGCUCCACUGUGUGUUUAUUGACUUAGAAAAAGCCUACAAUAGAGUCCCUAGAGAUGAAGUGUGGAAUUACUUAAGACUAAAAGGAGUCCCAAAGAGCUACGUAAUAUUAGUACAGGAUAUGUACUGUAAUACGUCAACAGAAGUUGGAUGCCAGUCAGGGAAAAGCGAGAAGUUUGAGGUAAAAGUAGGAGUACAUCAGGGUUCGGCACUCAGUCCAUUAUUAUUUGCAUUUGUCAUGGAUUAUCUGACAAAGGAAGUACGAAGGUCAUCACCAUGGGAUAUCAUGUAUGCUGAUGAUGUGGUCAUAUGCACCAAUGAGGCAUGCGAAGAGAAACUAGAGCAAUGGAUUCGAGCUCUAGAGAGACGCGGUAUGAAAGUAAGCAGAACGAAGACGGAAUACCUCAAUGCCGGUAAUGGGACGCAGAGAGUUGGAACUAUCAGCUUAGGAGGUGAAAGGGUACAACGAGUAGCGGAAUUUAAAUACCUAGUCUCAACAGUACAAGAAGAUGGUGGAUCAGAAGCAGAAGUGUCGAAGAGAAUACAGGCAGACUGCAACAGCUGGCGAAAGGUUACAGGGGCUUUUUGUGACCCAAAAGCGUCCGAGAGCGUGAUCCACAAGACCGACGCAGCUGGAGACCCAUGA